CGUCGCCACAAAGCAGCGUGAAGUUCGUUCGGGUUUCGGGAUAGUUAUAUAGACUACAUAGUUCAAUGGAUAGGAUAGGACUAAACCCAGAACAAGCAUAUGAUGCCAUAAUGCAUGGGCCUUACACUUGGUCAUUCUUCCACUAUAAUAUUGUGAGCCACAUCGUCUGGAGUGCCAUAGCAGGUCAGAGUAUUGGAAAUGAGGAAGAUUUUGAUAUGUUGAGAUCGCAGUUUAGAGACUCUCAGUACGGGGCGUUCGCCUACGUGCUCGUGGACAAAGAAAAAUGCGUUCUUCUCCGCUGGGAAGGCCCUCAGAUGACCGCCAUCCAGAGAAAGUUUAUGAGCACGGACAGGGUUAUCCUCGUGAAAAUCGCAGAGGAAAGGUCACAGAUAUUCCAAAAAGCUCCACAUCGACAUCGAGACCAUUGGAUCAGCUGA